UAUGUUUCAACAAUCUUCUAUGCCGUGCCCGUGUAUAGAUCGAUAUUUCUAUACCAGGAACGCUUUAAUGGAUGUAGAGCAGACGACUCAUCUACUUAGUAAUGGAUCACGUGAUUCCCAUUACUUUUAAUGAUUUUUCCCCGGAGUGGAUGCAUAUUAAUCUAUUAAGAGGAAGAGGAAAGAGGAACAAAGAUUGUUAUUGCCUUCCGUUAUUGUUUUUGAAUUUCUUAAGGAAAUCGGUAAUGACCAUGUCCGGAUUUCAAAUUAAUAAUUUGGACCCCAACAUGUUAAGUAAUCACCUAACUGCACGUGGAAUCAGUCUAGGCGGAGCUCAAAGUGUCAGAGACAAUGGGAUAACUGGUGAAAUGCUGGUGCAGUUUUGUGAAGAAGACAUCCAUGAUGCCUUCUCUGUAUUUAAGGACAGGUUCAUCAUACGAAAGAUGAUACGAGAACACAAAACUCAAACGGGAAUCCACGACAAAGUAUUCUCUAACACUACUUCUUCAUCUUGUAAAAACCAAAGGGAUAGUACAGCAAUUAAACUUCCGACAAAAGCACCACAACGCAACCCACAGCAUUCAGUUUCCCCGACUAAGAUUUCUGAUGUCUGUGCUAAUGUUAAUGCAGGAUUUUCUACAGUACCUUCUACAAAUCAACUUCACAAAUCACAACAUCAGUUACUUUUCAAUCAGUCACGAAGAGAACAUCCAAGAAUACCAACUUCACCAGAGAUUAAGUUGGAGAGCGUUCCCAGACCGGGUUAUUCUUGCGCAACAGGAAGUAGGGUAUCGCAUUCUUCCCAACCGGAAGUUCAGUCAUUUCCACCUCCAGUCAGGAGUCCCUUAAUGCACCACGUGGUGUCUAGUUCUGUAGAAGAUCGCUUGUCUGGAGCUAGAUCUGAGACGGUACCAGGACCUAUGGGAGAAUCAGCUCAAAUUGCUUCUCAAAAUCAAAUCGUUCGGUCUUCUAACAUUAAUAUUACAGUCGAAGAGAAGCAGAGGAUAAAAAAGUACAAAGCAGACGCCCUUCUCGAGAAAAAAUGCAUUCGCAGUAAACCAAACGAAGCACAGCAUCUCGGAUCACUGGCUAUCCGUAACGCUGCCCAGGCGGCCCAAAUAUGGGAUAACCCACCUGUAAUGAGGGAAAUUUCUGUGGCCAAGAAGGACCAGUUUAUCAGGUCUUUAUUGGCAUUCGCUCCUCAGCUUUCCGAGAGAAUGGACACUGUGUGGAUCAGACUUAGGGAAGCGUUACAAAACCGACGGAAAUAUUUACUGGACAAAGAGUCGGGGAAAAGACAAACUAAAUCGCAGAGGUCUGCUCCAUAUGAUAAGAAGAAUGAGUCAAAACCGACUUUAAUGAAAGUCAAGGAACCGAGGACGCUGAUAGACCUAACAGACUAGUUUACUUAAUUCUUUAAUUAUUUUACCAUUUUCUAACAACUUGUGUUAAUUUUUUUUCUUUAAUGAAACUUUUUUUCACUUUUUCAUUUUUGUAAAUAAAAAUGUUUAUUAAUACUU